AUGCCGUCCAAUCUUCCUUCGAGCUUCGCCUCGGCUGCCGCUGGCCAGAACACCAACCGCGAUUCUAGAGGUGGGAGAGCUGAUGGGAGGGGAGCUAAUAGCGGAGACUGGGCGAGACGAGAUGGACGUUCGACUAACGGUACCCUUACCUUCCGCCGAUCAUCUACCACUCCCUUGGGUCAACCCUCCUCACAGCCGCCUACUUCGAUCGACCAUGCCGUUCAAUUUCUUGCCGGUGUCGAGACGUCUAUGGCACAGCCCUUGACCCAAGAGUUAGGCCCUGCACGCUAUACAAAGGACGACCUGCUCGACAUGUUCCGCCCGCAAAAAGGCCAUGACACCUCGUCUCGACUGUUUAUUCCGGGCUGGAAUCCGGGCCACGUCAAUGGCCACCCUCCUAGAGGCUGGGGAAAGACCAACGAUAACUACAUCCCGCAGGAACCUGGCGCCUGCUGGGAUCAGAUUGGGGAUAGCACCCCGAUGGGACUGCAGGACUUGUCGUUAGAGGAGAAAGAGGCAUUUUCUACAGAAAUUAACUCUCCUCUCAAGCCCCCGACCCAGAACAAAGAAGCCCACCAGGGCAAUGCCAACGGUCGAAAGGCCUCACUUUCCCAAGGAGCUCCCGCUGCCUUUGGUGUGAGCUCACCUUCAUCCGCCACCAGACCUGGGACCCGUCGACGCGAGACGCUCGACUCGAACCCCUUCAGCGCUAGCGCCAUGGCCUCGCCCACCGCUGGCCGAUUCUCUCGAGACGACCCUGCGUACUGGUUCCCGCGCAAGAAUACCGACCUGAAGGAGACGGAGCCGGACGACUCUGAUACGGAGCUGGGCCCUCGUGAUGGAUCUGCAAAGCUGCCUCCAUUUGGCAACCUGAUUCGGUCCAACACUGGCGGAAUCGGUAGCAUGGGGGGUUCUAUGUGGCCACCUUCGGCCCAGGGCCCACCAACGCCCAGCACAGCUGGUGGCUUCGGAAACUUCGCCAUGCCCUCCUCAUCCGCCGUUGGCGACAAGCGUGUCGGUGCACCGGGUGGGGGAAGUCGCCUAGCCCAUCUGAUGCCCAAGGAUAGCUCCGAGAAUAUUGGUCCCAAGGGCCCCGAUAGCCCUAACCCGCUCAACCAGCAGUCUUGGAGGUCUCGCCCUCGUACCGACACCGACCCCUUUGGUGAGGAUAACCUGUCUGGAAGCGCGGUUCUCGGAGGAGCACAGGAUACCGACCCCGGUGCUCAGCACGGUAACCGGCCUGGGGCUCUCGGCACCCCAGUCAAGGGUUCUACCGGUGACUUUGGCAUGUCGGGUCUCAACUUGGGAGACGACGGUCCAGUCAGCCCGUCCGAGACAAACCCUUACCGCAGCCCCCCCGCCGAGCGUCACGACCACGAUGAUGAUGGCAGCGGCGAUAGGCCCCAUGGCACGAAUCCUCAUGACCAACCGUCCAACUUUGGCUCGAUUUCCCGCGGCUUUGGUGGCGUUCCCUUCGAUGGAAGCGACCGCAGCCAGACUUCUAGCGUUGGGGCCAAGGGAUAUCCGUCGUUGAGCACCCUCUCUGGUUGGCCCGCCCCUGCUGGUCAGUCGAUCGGUACCCCGGAUCGCGAACGCCCCAACCUCGGCAGCGCCUUUGGUAGCUCCCUGUUCAGUCCCAUUGGCGAGCUUCAGUCCCCUGGUUUAUCUGGCCUCAACAAUGUGUUUGGUCCUGGUGGUCCUGGAGGGAUGGGAACCGGCAGCAUCAGUCGCGGAAGCAAGCUGGGCUCGCUGUUCCCCGCCGCCAUGCAAGCUCAGAUGCAAUCCCAUGAGCAUGACAACAAUCUGUCUGAUUCCCUGCCUGAUCUUCGACAGAGCAACCCCCUCGGAGCCAUUGGCCGCGGUACCUUUGGCAUUCCCUCUCGUGACACCGAAAGCCCAAUGCGACCCAAUCGCGGCGUGUUUGAGGAACUUUUCCCCUCGAGCAACCCUGGCCAAUCUCAUGGUAUCUUCAGUACCGCAGAGCCGGGCCACCCCGGCGCCACCUCCACGGCACCUCAGUCUUUCACCCCUGUCGGUGGCGGCCUGCCUUUCGGUGGAAGCCAAGGCGGUGCGGAGCCACCUUCUGCCCAGGUUCGUCAGAUGGUUAUGCCCGACAGGAUGCGAUGGGUAUACCUCGACCCCCAGGGACAGGUCCAAGGACCCUUCACUGGACUGGAGAUGAAUGACUGGUAUAAAGCCAACUUCUUCACGCCUGACCUGCGAGUGAAGAAGGUUGAGGACCCUGAGUUUGAACCGUUGGGACAGCUCAUUCGACGCAUAGGCAACUCGCGUGAGCCGUUCCUGGUUCCUCAGAUUGGCAUUCCCCACGGCCCUCCCACGCAAGCUGGGCCUUUCUCCCCGACCAGUGCUGCUGGUGUGGUUCCUCCUCUGAGCGGCGUGUUCCCCAGCUUUGGACGAACCCUCACCGCCGAGGAGCAGAACAACCUUGAACGACGCAAGCAGGAAGAACAGUAUCUCAUGGUUCAGCAGCGCGAGUUCGUCAUGCGCCAACAAGCCAUGUCCAAGUUCCAGAUGCAGGGCGGCCCAUCUCUCCAGCACCAUUCUAGCGCCCACAGCCUCCAAAGUCAGCCCAGCUUCGGCAGCAUGACAUCGCCCAAUCCCAUUGGAAUGCCCCAUCAGCAGCCCAUUGGUGCUAUGCCCCCUUCCGGAUUCUUUGAUGGUUCUCAGCCGGGCGCUUCGGGAAACGGGGACCCUUUCCGAGAUGAUGACUUGGCCAACUUUUCCGCAACUGAGCGCCAGGUGCUUGCGACUCUCCAGGGCGCCGCUGGCUUGGGCGCUCCCCAGCCCAUCGGAGCCCCGGCCCUCGAUGUCAACCUUCGCACCGGACUUCCCGAGACCGAGGAGCUCCAGGAGGACUCCGAGGGCUUCAAGGACCGUCUGAAGGAGUUUGAGGACCUCCGAGCGCAGCACGAGGCUGAGCAAGCCGCCAAGGCGGCCCAGGAGGCCGCCAGGACGGAGCUUGAGGAGGAGGGCACACCCGAAUCCACUCCUAGUGACAUCGAGCAGUCCCCCGAGCCACCUGUUCUCAGCAGCAAGGCCGCCAGGGCCGCCAAGAGGAAGGCCGCAGAGGAUGCCCUCUCACUCACCCAGCAGGUCCAGCAGGCCCAGGCCCAGGCCCAGGCCGCUGCUGUCGCUGCCCAGAUCGUGGAGCCCGGCAUGCCUAUGCCUUUCCCUCCUCCUCCCGCUUCAUCGGGCACUCCUCUACCCGCCCCUACCGCUCAGCGUGCCCGAUCCAACCUCCCCGACCAGUUUAACCGAUCGCAGACGGGAACUCCUGACACCGCUGCAUCUGGGCCACCACCUCUGGCCCCCUGGGCCAAGGAUCCUGCCACCGACGGACCCAAGGGCCCCAGCCUGAAGGAGAUCCAGGAAGCCGAGGCUCGCAAGGCUGCCAAGGCUGAAGAGGCCGCUGCCACGCUCCGAAAGGCAGUCCUAGAGCAGGAAGCUGCUGCCAUUCGAGAGCGGGAGAAGUUUGCGGCUGCCAACAAUGCCGGUCUCCCCGCUACUAGCACCUGGGGACACGGCUCUCCAGCCCCUUCUGGUAGCCCCUGGGCCAAGCCUGGUCCUUCCAAGGGCCCUGUCGCUGGCUCGGCUCCCCCCGCGACGUCUGCAAGCAAAAAGACACUGGCCGAGAUCCAGCGCGAGGAAGAACUCCGCAAGCAGAAGGCCAAGGAUGUUGUCGUCCAGUCUGGCGCCCCCAUGGGCGUUUCCAAAAGCUAUGCCAUACUCGCUGGAAAGCCUGGUCAAUCUCCUCUGACCAAUGCCGCUUCGGCGGCUGCUGCUGCCGCCGCCGCCGCCGCUGGUCCCCCCCCUGGCAGCGGCUGGGCCACCGUUGGAGCCGGAGGUAAGGUCAAGGUCCCCACCGGUCCAUCGACACCAGGCCGCUCUGUUAGCGCCGCUGGCAUCAAGCCUGUGACUUCGCCUGUCAAGGCCAUGUCGAAGCCUAUGUCUCUCGUCUCCAGCGUUAAGGCCGAUAGUGGUAGCACUGCCAUGGACGAGUUCAACAAGUGGGUUCACCGGGAGCUGUCCCGUGGCAUUAUCGGUGUCAAUGACAUUGCCACUUUCCAAGCCACCCUUGACGUCCUCCCCAUGGACACUAGCCUAAUCGCCGAUGCUGUUUACGCCAACUCAACCACUAUGGAUGGCCGUCACUUUGCUGAGGAGUUUGUCCGACGCAAGAGACUUGCCGAGCGCGGCGUCAUUGAAAAACAACCCACUGCCGCCGAGGCCAAGGCUAGCGCAUCCGGCAGCGGCUGGAACGAGGUGGCCAAGAAGGGCGGCGCCAGCACUCAGCCCCGUGAUGGCGAGGCGGGCAUGCAGGCUGCUGGCUUUAAGGUGGUCCCUAGCCGUAAGAAGGGCAAGAAAUAG